AUGGGGACGGCUCCAAAUGCAAAGACAAUCGAAGGGUCUUUCGAUGAGCGAAUCUCUCGCCUGGAUACCACGAUGUCAGCGCCCGGAUAUCACGAUGUCAUGCGAAUUCCGGUAGGAGCCACAGCCAUCAGAAUAGAAGAGGCCCGCCCAAGCUCGAACAACCUAGCUAUGAAGAACUCGUCGGACCACUAUUUCUUGAACGGGAACUCUAUGAUUCAAGUGGAAAGGGAUGUCGAACUAAACGGUGUCCAUUUCGAAUACGAUGACGGAAAACCGGAGAAAAUCACUGCGAAGGGACCGCUGGAGGAGGAAGUCGUCGUGUCUGUGCUGAUCCGUAAAGGAAACAGAGACGUGUCGGUCAAGUACGAGUUUUCCGUCCCAAUUGUUGAUGAGGUUGACUACAUGUACAAGCCUGGAGAAUGGUCGGCAUGUUCUGUCACUUGUGGAAAAGGUCAACAAACAAGGACACCGUAUUGCAUUGAAACAAAGACGCAAGCUCGAGUUGAUGAUCAACUUUGCGAUGAUGCCAACUCAACGAAACCAGAGUUCGAGAAGCCAUGCGAAACUGUAGACUGCGAAGCUGAAUGGUUCGAAGGCGAGUGGGAACCGUGUUCUCAAACUUGCGGUGAUAAGGGCGAGCAGUAUCGCGUAGUGUACUGCCAUCAGAUCUUCGCGAAUGGCCGACGAAUCACCGUCGAGGACGGAAACUGUACUUCCGAGCGACCAGCGGUGCGACAAGUGUGCAAUAGGUUUGCCUGUCCUGAAUGGCAAGCAGGGCCAUGGUCGGCUUGUUCUGAAAAGUGUGGAGAUGCAUUCCAAUAUCGUUCGGUCACGUGUCGAUCAGAGAAAGGGCGAAGAAGGCAAACUGCUGCCGCUGAUUGCUCAAAGUGCAAUGAUACUGAGGAGACACGUGAGGUGACCUGCAAAGACACCCAAGGGCGUGCGUAUCCUCUGGAGAAGUGUCUGACAGAUGAUGAGAAGGAGAUACCACCAGACACCAGCUUUUCUAUAAGCAUUGCGACCAACAUCAAAAUUACUACCAGUUUUUCAGCAUGCUUCGAUUCCGAAUUCGGAUGCUGUCCUGAUAAUUCCACCUUCGCCACCGGAGAUUUCAAUCAGGGAUGUUCGAACUGCAGUCUCAGCGAAUUCGGAUGCUGUGCCGACAACUACACUGAAGCCACAGGUAAGGGCGGAAGAGGAUGCGAAGAGUUCGUUGAGUCGCCCUUGAACCUCGAGGAAGCCGGAGAAGGAUCUGGAGAAGAGAAAAGCGGCGAAUGUCAGGUGAAGAGCGAGAAUGGCGAAACGGCAACGGUGGACUGUGCUGCAGCAAAUGCUACUACGACAGACUUCGACGGCCUUUUCGGAUCGUGCAACGAAACAGAGUACGGUUGCUGUCAUGAUGGCGUUACGUUGGCACGCGGACCAAAUCUUGAAGGAUGUGGUGAACCAACGUGCGCUGGUUCACUGUACGGAUGUUGUAAGGAUCGUAAGACCAUCGCGUUUGGGCCUCACUACGCUGGAUGUGAAAGGUCCUCAUUCCCUUGCGAACUGUCUGAACAUGGAUGUUGCGCAGAUGGUGAAACGGCUGCACUUGGAGCAAAUGGCACCGGAUGUGGAGAGAACUGUACGGCUGCUGCCCAGAUGGUAAGGGUACUGCAAAAGGACACCAUAAUGAAGGAUGUGGAUGCGUAUAUGCGCAGUAUGGAUGUUGUCCUGAUGGAAAAACCUCUGCGAAGGGAGCUGGAUUUUACGGAUGUCCUGACAGCUGUGCACAGAGUCAAUUUGGUUGCUGUCCUGAUGGUAAGACGCCUGCUCGAGGGUCCCAUAAGGAAGGCUGCCCGUGUCAAUACACUCGAUAUGGAUGCUGCCCGGACGGAGAAACAACAGCUCUCGGACCAAGAAAUGAUGGCUGCGAUGACUGUAGAUAUGCUAAGAAGGUGUUACUUGCCCAAGGUGGAAGGACCGCUCAGAUGUGACCAGCCUCAGGCGAAGUACUGGUACGAUUACAACACGAAACAGUGCGCUGCAUUCUGGUGGCGAGGCUGUCAUGGAAAUGCAAACAACUUCGCUUCGUGGGAGGAAUGCAGUACUUUCUGUAAAGACGUUGGACCAUUCGCGACGACAGCAGCACCAGCUCCUCAACCACCUCAACCGCCACAAAUGCCACAGGUUGAAUCCGCGGAGGUUGUUGCCCAUCCCAUUAUUGAUGAGCGACCGACCCCAGGACAGAGAUACGAUGAUCGCCCGCGGCAGCCUAUGCGGGAUCUACAUGAGCUUGUUAAGGAACCUGCGAGACGUUUAUUUAUGGUGGCUGUGGGAGGAAACCUCAAUCGUUUCCGUACUGAGGAAGAAUGUAUGCAACGCUGUGGUUUCCUAAAUCCAACAGCCAGCCCCGCUCAUCAAGGGCGUGAAGAUCCGAGUCAUCGAGCACAACCACAACAACCGGAAUCCGAUUCACCUCAGCAACCGACGUAUCCGGACCAACGUCAGCAGGGACCAGUGCGACCACCACCGCCAGUCGUGCCACAGCAGCCAGGUUACGGCAGUCCCCCUCAUUCAGUGAAGUCACGGCAGUCUUGCCAUUUGCCACUCGACGUCGGCAAAUGUCAAGGCUCGUUUGACAGUUGGUAUUAUGAGAUGGCGACUGGCUCAUGCGUUGAGUUCAAGUACUCCGGAUGUUCUGGUAACGCGAACCGAUUCGCUACUCGGGAGGAGUGUGAAAGCACCUGCGUUCGUCAACCUGAAUCACACCCAGGUAUUUUUUGU